UGCGAGCAGUCAUAGUUUACACUUCAUUUAGUUGAGAUGGUUUCGCCGUAUCGUAAAAAAUUCUCAACGACGUUUAUUGAUCGUGAAUUGCGUCAGAGUGAGCUAGAAAAGCUUAAUAGAAUAUAUUAUCUCCAAUUGUUGAGCUCGGAAAAGCGAAAGUCAAAUAAAGAGAAUAAAUUGAUUGAUAAUUUAGUGUUAAAUUUCGAUUGCGUGCAGCGUGCGACUAAGACAUAUACACGAAGAUGGUUUCUUUUUGCUAUGAUAACAAUUUCAUUAACUAUAUCCUCAACACAAUUUCUACAGUUCUGUAUUAUAUCCAAUGUAAUGCAGAAAUAUUUUGAUACAACAUCUGAUGUUAUUGACCUUACGUCCAUCUUUUAUAUGCUGAUCUAUUUUCUUCUUUAUAUUCCGGUUACGUAUUUUUUUUGUGAGAAGCAAUCGUUACAUAAAGUGGCACUAUAUGGAUCCGUUGGGCUUGUAAUAACAUCAUGGCUUAAAUAUAUUGGUGUUCUUAUCCAAAAUUUUGCCCUUAUUUUGCUUGUUCAAUGCUUUUGUGCAUUAUUCCAUAUAUUCUUGUCAUCAAUUCCAUCAAGAAUUGCCACCGUAUGGUUUCCAAUUCAAGAAGAAUAUUUGACACAAGCAAUAACCAUUUUUGCCAACAACUUGGGCUUGAUUAUAAACUUCUUGUCAUUGAUUGUCAUCAACAAUUUAGAUGACAUGGAAAUUUUGACGACAAAUCUCACAGAUUACAUUCUACUGAUAGCUUUGCUAUCCACAUUCAAUGCUAUCAUCAUGAUGUUCGCAUUUAAACAAGACGAACCAGAAAUUCCACCGUCAUGCAUUGAGGCGUUGAGACGAGAUAAAGUCAUUCAAAAUGAGGACUAUGAUAAGAGACGAUUUUGGAAAUCAUUGAAAAUUUUGAUGUCAAAUAAGAAUUUCAUCAUGCUGUUUCUUGGAUUUGGAUUGAACAUUGGAGUCUUUAAUGCAUUCUCGACCAUUUUGAACUCUAUUAUUGUUCAUUAUUUUCCUACAGGUCAACUUGAAGCUGGUACAUUAUGCUUAUCAACGACGCUAUUAAGUGUAUUUAGUCUGUUCGGAUUUGCAUUCAUUUUGGCAAGAUUCAAGCGCUUUAAAUCAACAGCACUGUGGAUAUUAAGAAUUCAGUCUAUCGCCUUCAUACUCUUCUCACUUUCUCUCGAGUCAACCUCAUUUGUGAUUAUGUGCUUCUCGAGUAUACUUCUAGGAAUAUUUAUGGUUGGAUUUCAGCUUGUUGGUCAAGAAUUGGCUGUUGAAUUAACAUAUGACAUGAUGUGCGAAGAUAUUUCGGUCGGCAUAAUUAAUACAUUUGGAUUCUUCUGUGGAAUAAUAAUUACACUCGGCAUUAAAAAGCUGCAAGACGUCUUCUCAAUUUUAUAUGGAAAUUUAUGCUUCUCGCUGCUCAUUACAGUCGGAACUAUUUUUAAUUCGUUAAUUAGCUCAUUAGAAUUAAAGCGACAAGAGGUUGUUGACUUUAUAGAUUCAGCGACUGAAAUAGAAUUAGAAAGUAGAACUUAUAGAUUCUCAGACACGCCGAGAACAUCACGACAAUCGAGCAUGAAAUGAAUAGAAAAUAAAAUGUUAAUUAAAAACGGAAA